AUGUUGGUGGUGACACCUAUCUCUCGUUAUCUAUCUAUGUGUCUGUCUGUCUCAGGUAAUUCGCUUUUCUUUUUUUCUCAGUCCGUUUCUAUCUAUCUAUCUAUCUAUCUAUCUAUCUAUCUAUAUAUAUAUAUAUAUAUAUAUAUAUAUAUAUAUAUACAUAUCAUAGCAUUCAUUAAUUCUUCUUUUCGUUCUUCUUCCUCCUCAUACCGUUCAUAUAUCUAUCUAUCUAUCUAUCUAUCUAUCUAUCUAUCUAUCUUACGUCAUUCGCUUUUCUUUUUUCUCAGUCCAGGAAAUUUUAUAGAAAUAAAUAUAUGCAUAUCUAUCUAUCUAUCUAUCUAUCUAUCUAUCUAUCUAUCUAUCUAUCUAAUCCGUUCAUAUCUAUCUUUCUAUCUAUCUAAUCCGUUCAUAUCUAUCUAUCUAUCUAUCUAUCUAUCUAUCUAUCUAUCUAUCUAUCUAAGUGUAUUCAUAUCUAUCUAUCAAUCUAUCUAUCUAAUUCCAUAUCUAAGUGUAAAUAUCUAUCUAUCUAUCUAUCUAUCUAUCUAUCUAUCUAUCUAUCUAUCUAAGUCUGUUCAUAUCUAUCUAUCUCAGUCUGUUCAUAUCUAUCUAAUCCGUUCAUAUCUAUCUAUCUAUCUAUCUAUCUAUCUAUCUAUCUCAUCCGUUCAUAUCUAUCUAUCUAUCUAUCUAUCUCUCUAUCUAUCUAUUUAUCUAUCUAAUCUGUUCAUAUCUAUCUAUCUAUCUAUCUAUCUAUCUAUCUAUCUAUCUAUCUAUUGGGGACAAAUCCAAAUCGGCCUUGGUUUCAUUCUCUCUCUCUCUCUCUCUCUCUCUCUCUUUCACUCCCUCUCUUUCACUCUCUCUCUCUAG